UGUGAUUCAAUGAACAAAUCAUUAAAUUAGUUCCUGAUUAUACUUUUUCCGCAUUCAGUUGGUCAAAUGAAGCGGACUUCAAGCAACAUUAAAAUUAAAAAUGCGAAUUUUGGCUAUUUUAUUGUCAACGCUAUUCAUUUUUAUAAUCAGAGGUGAAGUCAGCCAUGCCAUUAAUGUAAAAUUGGAUGACAGAUUGCAACUUGUCGGAAAUCAAAAUGGAAAAAUAAUAGUUGGGUUUAAGCCAGAAGCUGAACAUCGAACUCAACCUAAACCGUUUCAAUGGCAACAACUUUUUGGUUUAGUACCACAAGCAAGUCAUACACAAACACACAAAUCAUCAUUGAAACCAGAACCUGAUCCAACACCAACACCUAAUGGAAUGCGAGUGAAUGGAAAUGAUAAAACCCCAUUGAUAGAAAACGGUGGACCAACAGUAACUGGAACUGCUGCAUUGCCACAGUCUGUAACUGAUGUAGCGCCAGUGAUUGGACCUGUGAUUGAACCAACGGUUCCUGUAACUAAUGUAAUGCCAAUACCUACAGUUGAUAUAUCACCAGUGGCUGAACCUGUGAUACAACCAACGGUGCAAGCAACUAACGUGAUGCCAACGCCUAAAACUGAUGUAAUUGGAACUGUGAUUCAAACACCAGUUAAAGGAUCAAAUCGAGCUCCAAUGACAGGAAACGGUCGACCAACAACGCCUGAAAAUGAUGUAUCGCCAUUGGUUGGACCUGUCAUUCAACCAACAGUAACUGGAACUGCUGCAUUGCCACAGCCUGUAGCUGAUGUAGCGCCAGUGAUUGGACCUGCGAUUCAAACACCAGUUCAAGUAACUAAUCAAACUCCGAUGACAGGAAAUGGUCGACCAACAACUCCUUUAACUGAUACCUUGCCGGCAAGUGGACCUGUGAUUAAACCAACAGUGGCUGGAACUGCUGAAUUGCCACAGCCUGUAGCUGAUGUGUCAGCAGUGAUCAGACCUGAGGUUCAACCAACGUUACAAGGAACUAACGUGAUACCAAUGCCUAAAACUGAUGUAUCGCAAGUUAUUGGAGCUGUGAUUCAAACACCAGUUAAAGGAUCAGAUCGAGCUCCAAUGAUAGGAAAUGGUCGACCAACAACGCCUAAAACUGAUUCCUUGCCGGCAAGUGGACCUGUGAUCCCACCAACUAAUGUAAUGCCAAUACCUGCAGCUGAUAUAUCACCAGUGGCUGAACCUGUGAUACAACCAACGGUGCAAGCAACUAAUGUAAUGCCAAUGCCUGAAACUGGUGUACCGCAAGUGAUUGGAGCUCCAGUGGUUGAACCUGUGAUCCAACCAACAGUACUUGAAACUAAUGUAAUGCCAAUACCUGCAGCUGAUGUAUCACCAGUGGCUGGACCUGUAAUUCCACCAACGGUGCAAGGAUCUAACGUGAUGCCAUUGCCUGAAGCUGUGAUUCAAACACCGGUUCAAGUAACUGAUCGCACCCCAAAUGCUGAUCGAAUGCUUAUGACUGGAAAUGAUCAAACACUAACGAUGGGAAAUAGUCGUCCAUUAAUGAUUGGAAAUGAUCGGCCAACAAAGGCUGGAACUGAUGUAUCGUCAGUGAUUGGACCGCUGAUUCAAACACCAGUUCAAGAAAAUGUUCUAACACCAAUAAUGAAAAACGGUGAACCAACAAUGAGUGGAACUGAUGGAAACGGAAUUAGACCCGUUCUUCCAUCAACGAUACUUGGAACUAAUUCAAUGCCAAUGACUGAACCUGUGAUUCAACCAACGAUUCCUAUAACUAAUGGAAUGCUCCCACCUGUAAUUGAGGUAUCGCCAGUGAGAGGACCUGUGAUUCAACCAACUGUUCAAGGAACUGAUCGAACUCCAAUGACAGGAAACUUUCGACCAACAAUGCCUGGAACUGUUGAAUUGCCAAGACUUGAAUCUGUAAUUCAACCAACAGUACCUGUAACUAAUAUAUUACCUGGAAAUAAUCGGCCAAUAAUGCCUGAAACUGGUGGAAUGACAAUGGGUGGGCUUGCGUUACAACCUCAACCUCGGUCCCGAUUGUCGCAACUUCUUAGGCUGCAACAAGUUCUUAGGUUACAACAACAGUUACAACCAAAACCAGAACCUAAGCUCCAACUUUUGCCUGGAGCUGAUGAAAUACAAAUGCCAGGACCUGUAAUUCAAACACCGGUUCAAGUAACUGAUCGAAACCCAAUGUUUGGGGCUGAUCGAAUGCUUAUUACUGGCAAAGAUCGACCAAUGACUGGAACUGUUGAAUCGCCAGUGAUUGGACCUGUAAUUCAACCUGUAACUAAUGUAAUGACAAUACCUGCAAAUGAUCGGCCAAUAAUGCCUGAAACUGAAGCAAUGACAAUAGGUGGACUUUCGUCGCAACCACAGCCUCAGUCCCGAUUACAGCAACUUCUUGAGUUACAACAACUGUUACAAGCAAAACAAGAACCUAGCCUUCAACUUUUGCCUGAGCCUGUAAUUCAACCAACAGUACCAGUUGCUAAUGUAAUGCCACAGCCUGCAGCUGAUAUAUCGCCAGUGAUUGGACCUGUGAUCCAACCAACAGUACCUGUAACUAAUAUAAUACCUGGCAAUGAUCUUUCAAUAAUGCCUAAUACUGAGGGAAUGACAAUGAAUGAACUUUCGUUGCAACCUCAACCUCAGUCCCGAUUACAGCAACUUCUUGAGUUACAACAACUGUUACAACCGAAACCAGAACCUAGCCUUCAACUUUUACCUGAACCAGCAAUUCAACCAACAGUACCUGUAACUAACCUAAUACCUGGAAAUGAUCGUCCAAUAAUGCCUAAUACUGAGGGAAUGACAAUGGGUGGACUUUCGUUGCAACCUCAACCUCUGUCCCGAUUACAGCAACUUCUUGGGUUACAACAACUGUUACAACCAAAAUCAGAACCUAAGCUUCAACUUUUGCCUGAACCUGUAAUACAACCAACACCACCGAUAGCUAAUGUAAUGCCACAGCCAGCAGCUGAUAUAUCGCCAGUGAUUGGUCCUGUGAUCCAACCAACAGUUCCUGUAACUAAUGUAAUGCCAAAAACGGGAAAUGAUGGAAUGACAAUGAAUCGACUUGCGUUGCAACCUCAACCUCGGUCCCGAUUACAGCAACUUCUUGGGUUACAACAACUGUUACAACCAAAAUCAGAACCUAAGCUUCAACUUUUGCCUGAACCUGUAAUACAACCAACACCACCGAUAGCUAAUGUAAUGCCACAGCCAGCAGCUGAUAUAUCGCCAGUGAUUGGUCCUGUGAUCCAACCAACAGUUCCUGUAACUAAUGUAAUGCCAAAAACGGGAAAUGAUGGAAUGACAAUGAAUCGACUUGCGUUGCAACCUCAACCUCGGUCCCGAUUACAGCAACUUCUUGGGCUACAACAAAUUCUUAGGUUACAACAACAGUUACAACCAAAACCAGAACCUAAGCUUCAACUUUCACCUGCAGUCCUGCUUUCCUCUAUACUUAAAUCUGCAUCUCAAUCUGAAUCUAAUGCCGUUUCUCAACCAAAAUCUAGUCUGAAUCUACAGUCAAUAAUUAAGCCCCAGUUUUCUUUAGGACCUAAAUUUCCUGUGUCAAUGCAACCAAAAAUAAAUGAUAACGCCAAUUUUGGAAUAAAUCCUAUUCAAACUUCCAUGGUUAACCCCCUUCUUCCUACGGUUUUGCAAGUUCUUAAACAAUUAUCACAAUUAAUUUGUAACGGAGUCGGCAGAAAUGAAAUAUUGAGUGGGAACAGUGCUCUAAAUGGCGGUUUAAGUGUGCUGUGUGAUGAAAAUCUUUGGUCCGCACCAGCAUUCACUAGUCAAGCAAAUCGCGUCAUUAGUCUUCUUCAAAACCGAUUACCCAAAUUUGGAGUAAAAAUUUAACAGAAAAUUCUGACAAUAUUAAUAAAUAAAGUGAAUAAUAAAGAGUUAACUGCAAACGAUAAAAAUAAACAUUAAACAAAAUUUAAAAUUAUGAAAAUGAACUGUUCAGUAAGAAAGCUAUUUGUUAAUACUGGAAUUUUGGAUAACCAGUGUAAUAUUUACUUUUACAAUAAUCAUUCAAAGUAAACAUUUCAAAGCUUGA